AUCAACCACUUUCACCAGGCGUCCUCCACAGGGACCAUGGCGUCACUGCAACAGAUCUGGGCCGAUGCUUUUGACGCCUGGAUCGGACCCUUCGGUGUCGGCUGCUGCAUCUACAUGGCUCCCGUGGAGGUGACGAAGGGUCAGACUGAUGCGGCGCCGGUUCCCAGAACCUGGAUGGAGCGCUGGCCGAAUGACGAGCUGGGGGUUUUCAGCCUCACUGCUACAGAUCCAAUGGGUGAGAAGCAGUCGCCAGAGGCCAAUGCAGCGGGCCUGGCAGAGCUUGAGCGCGAACUGCAAGAGCUGUGUGGAGGAGCUGCGUCCCAAAGCGGACAGAUCAAUGGAAGUGGCAGAAACUUCUGGAAGAGUUUUGGUUUCAACAUCAAGGAGGGCUGGCGAGAAGAUGGUUUCACCGUUGUGGCGGAGGCCGCAGAGGUGAUAAGACUGGCGCGCAAGUAUCGCCAGGGGGCCAUUUACAGCUUUGAGCUGUCGGAAGGCGCUUCGAUCCGCAGGAGAACUGUGCCUGUUUGUUUGCCGGACACGGAGGCUGAUGUAGUGAGUGCGCCUUGCAAAACUCCGGACAGCGUGCUUGCAGACCCAAACGCCUGGGGAUCGUUCUUGCGGUGACAAA